AUGUCAACCGACAAAACACCCUUACUUCCCUCUCAAACAUCGAGAAAAUCUUAUACUCUGGUUAUUCAUGGAGGAGCUGGGACAAUGUCGAAGGCUGGCUCUACAAAGGAGCAGCAGAUGCUCUAUAAAGCUGGCCUCGCGAAAGCUUUGCACGCAGGAUAUGAUGUUCUCAGUCAAGAUGGGGAGGCCAUGGAUGCCGUGGUCGCCGCCGUGACGGCGCUGGAAGACAAUCCAUUAUUCAACGCUGGUAAAGGCGCUGUUUUUAACGUUGCCGGAAAGAACGAACUAGAAGCCUCCCUUAUGCUUUCAAAACCCCCAGCAUCUCACCCCGAAAUCCCCUCAUUCCGACGCGGUCUUGGCUUAACUCUGUUGACUAGAACUAAGAACCCAUCUCAUCUUGUCCAUUCAUUAUAUCUAUCCCCAUCCCUCGCUCCACAUGCCUUCCUUUCUGGAGAAACCGCUGAGGAAAUUGGAGAAUCUCUCGGCGAAAUUCUCGUUGACCCCUCAUACUUCUACACUGACCAUAGAUGGAGAGAGCAUCGGCGCGGGCUGGGGCUCCCCGAAGACCCCCCAUCUGACAUACCAGAGCCAGGCCCAGGUUUUUCCGGUUCACUUGAUCAAUUGCCAACUGGAACAGUUGGUGCUGUAGCUCUCGAUAUCCGGGGAUGCAUCGCAUCCUUAACCUCUACCGGCGGGCGCACCAACAAGCUGGUUGGUCGUAUCGGCGAUACACCCUUGGAAGGUGCAGGCUUUUGGGCUGAAGAGUGGAACGACGACUGGGGCUGGGUCCGACGAUGCUGGAAUAAGUUCAGAGGAUACCAGAGUAAGCGCGCUGUUGGUGUAUCGGGCACUGGGGAUGGAGAUUAUUUCAUCAGGCAAGCUACGGCGUCAAUCAUCGCACACCGCGUGCGCUUUCUCAAGCAGUCGCUUGCGAUGGCUUCUGCCAGCGCUGUGAAGGAUCUUGCCAAAGACGGCGGGAUUGGAGGCGUUAUCGCGCUUGAUGACAAAGGAAAUGUCGCAAUGCCAUUGAAUUGCCCUGGGAUGUACCGAGGCAUAAUCAGAGAGGAUGGUGUCUCAAAAACCGCCAUUUUUGAUGACGAUGUCCUUGAAGAAUCUUGA